GCGAGGCGGAGUCUGUGUUUCGGUCAGGCUGCGGCUGCGGCUGCGGCUGUGGUGCUGUAGUUCAGAAGAGCGAGGCCGAGGCCUGGGCCCUGCCCGGAGCCGCUGCCCGACCCGAGCCUCCUGGAGCCCCCGCGCCGGCAGAUCUUAGGGGCGGGCUCGGGCUCGGCCCGCCACCACACUCAGGACCGAGGCUGCAUGCCGGAGGACCAGGCCCACGCAGCCAUGGAGGAAGCAUCUCCCUAUUCCUUACUUGACAUCUGCUUGAGUUUCCUGACCACUAACCUUGAGAAGUUCUGUUCAGCAAGACAAGAUGGAACACUGUGUCUGCAGGAACCUGGAGUAUUUCCACAGGAGGUGGCUGAUCGACUGCUUCAGACCAUGGCAUUUCAUGGUUUGCUGAAUGAUGGAACUGUGGGAAUAUUCAGGGGUAACCAGAUGCGCCUAAAGCGAGCUUGCAUUCGCAAAGCAAAGAUUUCUGCUGUUGCUUUCCGGAAAGCCUUCUGCCACCAUAAGUUAGUAGAACUUGAUGCCACAGGUGUGAAUGCCGACAUCACUAUCACAGACAUCAUAAGUGGCCUUGGCAGUAAUAAGUGGAUCCAGCAAAAUCUUCAGUGCUUGGUACUAAACUCAUUAACUCUGUCCCUCGAGGAUCCUUAUGAGCGGUGUUUCAGCCGGCUUUCUGGUCUUCGAGCUCUGAGCAUCACUAAUGUGCUCUUUUACAAUGAAGAUCUGGCUGAAGUUGCUUCGUUGCCUAGACUGGAGAGCCUGGAUAUUUCUAACACCUCAAUCACAGAUAUCACUGCCCUGCUGGCCUGCAAAGACCGGCUCAAGUCUCUCACCAUGCACCAUUUGAAAUGUUUAAAAAUGACGACUACCCAGAUCCUGGAUGUUGUUCGGGAACUGAAACAUCUGAAUCAUCUUGACAUCUCAGAUGAUAAACAGUUUACAUCAGACAUAGCCCUUCGAUUACUAGAGCAAAAGGACAUCUUGCCCAGUCUUGUCUCCCUGGAUGUUUCAGGGAGAAAGCAUGUGACAGACAAAGCUGUUGAAGCCUUCAUACAGCAGCGGCCCAGCAUGCAGUUCGUGGGUUUGCUGGCCACAGAUGCUGGUUAUUCUGAAUUCCUCACGGGCAAAGGACACUUGAAGGUGUCUGGAGAAGCCAACGAAACCCAAAUCGCAGAAGCACUAAGGCGGUACAGUGAAAGAGCUUUUUUUGUCCGGGAAGCUUUGUUUCACCUUUUUAGCCUGACUCAUGUGAUGGAAAAAACAAAACCAGAAAUCUUAAAGCUUGUGGUUACUGGAAUGAGAAACCAUCCUAUGAAUUUGCCUGUGCAACUGGCUGCUAGUGCCUGUGUGUUUAACUUAACUAAACAGGACCUUGCUUUAGGCAUGCCUGUCCGGCUCCUCGCUGAUGUGACCCAUUUGCUGCUCAAGGCCAUGGAACAUUUUCCUAAUCACCAGCAGUUACAGAAGAAUUGCCUGCUCUCACUUUGCAGUGACCGGAUUCUUCAAGAUGUUCCAUUUAAUAGGUUUGAAGCAGCCAAGCUUGUCAUGCAGUGGCUUUGCAAUCACGAAGAUCAAAACAUGCAAAGAAUGGCAGUUGCUAUCAUUUCCAUCCUGGCUGCCAAGCUUUCUACAGAGCAAACUGCGCAGCUUGGUGCUGAGCUCUUCAUUGUCCGGCAACUUCUUCAAAUAGUGAAGCAGAAAACUAAUCAAAAUUCAGUGGACACUACAUUGAAAUUUACUUUGAGUGCACUUUGGAACCUCACAGAUGAGUCCCCAACAACAUGCAGACACUUCAUUGAAAAUCAAGGGUUGGAACUCUUCAUGAGAGUUCUAGAGUCUUUCCCAACUGAGUCAUCCAUUCAACAAAAAGUUCUAGGACUUUUGAACAAUAUAGCUGAAGUACAAGAGCUACACUCUGAAUUAAUGUGGAAGGAUUUCAUAGACCAUAUCAGCAGUCUCCUGCACAGUGUGGAAGUAGAAGUCAGUUACUUUGCGGCUGGGAUUAUCGCCCACUUAAUAUCCAGAGGUGAACAGGCAUGGACCUUGAGCCGUAACCAGAGGAAUUCUCUUCUUGAUGAUUUGCACUCAGCUAUUUUGAAAUGGCCAACUCCAGAGUGUGAGAUGGUAGCAUACAGAUCCUUUAAUCCAUUUUUCCCAUUACUUGGCUGUUUUACAACACCGGGAGUCCAGCUGUGGGCAGUUUGGGCUAUGCAACACGUCUGCAGCAAGAAUCCUUCAAGGUAUUGCAGCAUGCUGAUUGAAGAAGGAGGACUGCAGCAUUUGUACAACAUCAAAGAACAUGAGCAGACAGACCCCUACGUCCAGCAGAUUGCUGUAGCCAUUCUGGACAGUUUAGAAAAACACAUUGUGCGCCAUGGGAGGCCCCCUCCCUGUAAAAAACAGCCCCAGGCCCGACUAAACUGACAGCCAUAGAUAGUUGGAUAAUGAACAACAGGAAUCAUUUUUGUGUUUGGAAUAGUAUGCUCUGGUGUUAGGGUGUGUGUGUGAGUGAGCGAGUGUGAUAAGAGUCCUGUGAUCCAUUUGGGAUUGGUAAUGUACAGUACUGCCCAUGUGAACAGUCUGAUUUGUCUUGUGAUUUUUUUUAACUUAUGAGGCAAGAAAGGUCUUCCUUCGUUAUUGUCUUUUAAGAAAUCUUUUGGUGUUUGAACUUAACCUGUGCUUGAGAUUCUACAGUUUUAUGAUAAAUUGCACGAACCCUUAGGCCAGACUUCUCUAGAGUCCCUCCCAGGUAAUUUGCAGUGAGCAGGACUGCCCACAUGAUGUCAGCACCGCUUCAGUUGUGAGUUUUAUACUGCUUAUGUAAAAAUGCCUUCAUUCUCUGUGUAUCUCUCACAAGAUGCGCUUCUUUGUAUAGUGGAAAUCCAUUGUGUCUCUGGAAGCUCUUUGCUGUUUGGUGCCUGGAUGACAGUCAAAGAAAUACAAAAGAAAGAAGCACUAUGAAAGCAGAACAGAGGUGAACAGGAAUUAGACAUUGCUUUUGUGGUAUAGCUCUGAGAAUGGGGCAGUUCUCCUUGUCCCUCUCUACCAAGGUCGUGAGCAGGAGCUGUUCUCCCCACUGAAGGCUGGAAGCAUGGACUGUCUUCAGGUUACUCCAGAAAUACUCCCCCAGUGACCUCAGUAUAACAUCCCAGCAUUCUGUGUCAAAGCCUUUACUCCAGAAAUACUCCCCCAGUGACCUCAGUAUAACAUCCCAGCAUUCUGUGUCAAAGCCUCUCUGAGAUCUCAGAUGUAAAAGACGUACUGGUUUUUAAAUGUUUGGCUAAACUGGCUAUUUUUACCCCUUCUUUCCCAAAGUCAUUCUUAUUCAGUAGAGUAGAGACUAUUUACAGAGCUAAUUUGCUUAGUUAAAAUACAAUUAACAACAGAAAAUUUGCUAUGAAAGUUUAACUUUGAGUUGGGUGUAGCUCAGUGGUAGCGUGUGUUCUUAGCAUGUAUUCAUUCAAUACUCAGCAACCCACACAAAAUUGUUCAUUUUUUUCUCCCGAUAAAAUAUGGCUCAUACUUUACUUGUAUCACUCAGGAAACUGAGGCAGGAGGGUUGCCAUGAGUUUAAGGCCAACCUGUGUUAGAGUGACAUUUAGUGUAUCUUCAUUAUGUGUUCAUAUUAGAAAAAUAUGUCCACAUCUCACUUGCAGACAUGCAAGAGAAGAGCAGGCUGCUGCUGAAUGGUUAAAUGUGUAGCUGAGCACGUGGAAAGAUAUGUUUUUGAUGGACUUUUUAAAAGACAGUUGCCUUUCCUUUAAGAUAAUUGACAUAAUGAAGAAUCAGUUAUUGUCCUGUGAACCUGGGAGAUACAGGUUACCAACAAACUUAAUUUUGAUUGAAAUUUUCAUUUUAGGCUGGGAAUAGUUCAGACCUAUAAUCCAGUAAUCAAUCACAAGGUUGAGGAAUAACAAGUUGGAGGUGAGCCUAGGCUACAGAGUUGCAAGCCAUCCUGGGCAGCACACAGAGACCCUUUCUCACCAAAUAAAAUAAAACUUUUAUUUUAAGGGGGCUUGGUAGCACUUGUUCUGAAUCCAAAACAUUAACAAGCAGGUGGCAUUCAAGGGCAGCAUGAGCUAGAUAAGCAAGACCCAUCUCAAACAAGCCCAGUUACAUCUCAUUUUGUGUAUAGGUUUAAUCUGAAAUCUCUUCCGACCACAUUUUGUUAAUACUCAUCUAAAAUGUUUUCAAGUAGAGUUUUUGGUUUGUU